CCCCAUGAAUUAUGGACCUCCUGCUUCUGCUCCUGCUUCUGAUGCUGCUGGUGCCCCAGUCAGUCUCUUGGAAACUUAGAAAGAAAUGCCCACUGAAUUUGGACCACCAGGAUGGAGAAAAGCCAUGGAGCUAUUAUAGGCCAGGAGAUUUUCUCAUUGGUACAGUCGUCUCUCCAUCAGAAAUAACACUUGCAACUUUACCUUUCAACGUGGCUCCUUCUAGUCAGAUUCGGUUUUUACCUAAUAAAAAGGACAGUAUGUUACGCAUGGUUUUCAAUAUUGAAGUGGUUAACGAAAAUCUCCGACACCUGCACAAUCACACCCUUGGCUACAACUUCUAUGACAACUAUGAUAACACCCUCGGCACUUCAGAUGCCUUGCUGGACAUGCUGUCUACUGGAGAAGCCAAUGUUCCCAACUACAGCUGUGGAAGGAAGGACAACCUUUUGGUGAUUGUUGAUGGAGCUGACAGAGACAUCUCCAUCCAGAUAUCAACAUUAGUUGGCCCCUACAAAGUUGCCGAGAUCAGUAAUAAAAUUACUUCGGAUGAUCUGAGUGAUAAAAGUCAAUUCCCUUUUUCCCAUCCGAUGCUCCCCAAAGAAACGGUCCUAUACCCAGGAAUUGUCCAACUGCUCCUUCAUUUUGGAUGGACCCUGAUUGGCUAA